AUGACCUGGAUCCUUAGCUCAGUUGAACCUCACCUUGUUCUCAAUCUGAGGCCUUAUAAAACUGCUGCUGCUAUGUGGAAUUAUCUCUACACGGUUUACAAUCAAGACAACUUUGCUAGGCGUUUUCAAUUGGAGUAUGAGAUGACUAAUUUCACACAAGAAAGUCUCUCAAUUGAGGAAUAUUUUUUUGGUUUUCAAACUCUUUGGACUUAUUAUUCCGACAUUGUUUAUGCUAAUGUUCCCGUUGCAGCUCUCUUUGCUGUCCAAGUAGUGCAUGCAAUCAGCAAGCGAGAUCAAUUCUUGAUGAAGCUACGACCCGACUUUGAAAUUGCACGGUCUAAUAUGAUGAAUCAUCAUCCUGUACCAUCUCUGGAUGCCUGCUUGAGUGAACUUUUGCGUGAGGAGUAG